AUGGUUCCACCGGUCCUGAAGCUGUACGCCUGGGAGCCCUCAUUCAUCCGGGAAGUUGACUCCAUCCGCAAUAAAGAACUCUCAUAUCUUCGCAAAUACCUCUACUUGGAUUGCAGUAUAACGUUUGUCCAUGAAUGUGCCCCCAUACUGGUUGCCCUGGCCACCUUCGUAGUCUACACACUCUCGUCGCCGGACAAUGUGUUCAACGCGGAAAAGGCCUUCGUGUCGCUCUCACUGCUCAACAUUCUGCGCUUCCCGCUCUUCAUGUUUCCAACCAUCCUCUCCAGUCUCGUUCAGGUGGGCGUGUGUGUGUCCACCCUCUUUUUAAUGAUUACUUGGUACACUGCCCCUCAUGCGACACAUGCAAGGCGUUGUGGAGUUGUGAUAGCUUUGAUCAGAGUCACCAAUUGCGGUGCUCUACUGCCACUUUACAACCCUCUUCACAAGCCACAAGCAGUGCUCGUGAGGAAAGAGGCGACCCGUUUCGGCACUUAA